AUGUCCGAGCAAGAAGGUGUCGGAUACCUGGCCAGUCCGGGCCUGAGCAAUGGCCUUUCCAUUACAGAAAGCAACUCACGCCGUCUAUCUGGCCUUUCGCACCAAUUGCGAGAUCCUUCUUUAUCACGGCCGUCGGUUGUGUCGAUAGCCAUAACUCGUCACACCGCCAGCUUUUCGUCGUGUUAUACGACUCCCGGUGUCGCGCCGCCUGUUUUAACAAUCUCGGAUUUGCCGCAGCCCGUACUAUCCUCAUACCAUACUCAGGCGGUUCGCAGCAAAGGCCCUCCUUUACAAUGGGGAGCCACACCGAGAGCUGCUGUACCCGAUUCCCUUCUCCACUUACCUGCCGCGCAUCCCGUUCGCAAGUCCUCUGUAACCUUCGUAGACGAUCGUCGUCCUAGCCUUCCGAUAUCGAUCCCUGCAUCUUCUGUUGGAGGAUAUAGUCGACGGGGUAGUGCCAUAGAUCCGAACUUCGAUUUCUCAAGAUCCGAGCCAGGACCGAGCCAUCUCAGCCAACCGUGGGAUUUCGACUUUGACGACAUGCUCGCCCAUGGGGGCUUCUUGCUUGGAGGCUAUUCCGCACCUCCAGGAACAUCUGACCACGUACGAUCAUCACAAGGGCCCGACUCGACCGACGGACCCGAUCCUUUCCUAUCUAUGGUAGCUGCAGAUGAUCCUGAGUACGCCGCCAGCAAAAUCGCGUGGUCAAUACGCUUGAAGACCACAGUGGAUACUGAACCUUCAUUCGGUCGCACUGCUGCUAUCUGGACAUGUCCACUGCUGGGGACUUACCGCAUCAGCCAGCUAUCCAAACCGGAGCCAAGCGGCCUUUGCAUCUAUAUUACGAGCCUUGGAGUCUCUACCAGCGAUUCGGUCUUUCCAACUGUGCGAGUUCUCAUGAACGUAAGCAAAGAUACAAGCAUAUUUUUCCAGCACACCUUGUCAGAAUUUGAAGGAACAGUGAAAGCGGUGGACUGCGAAGACGGAAUCAUGCUUGCUUCUCGCGCACUCCACGAGGAAGUCUAUCUUCAACGACAACGAGAGGAGCUUGCAAGUCGCGCGGUGACAGCUGUCAUAGAGCUUCCGGGCAUCUCUGGAGAAACUCAAAGAAUACCACCGAAACUGAAAAAGCGACCUUCUUCUAUCAGCCGCCUCGGACAGUCCUCGACCGGCGAUUCUGUCUAUCGAUCACGCCCACAACAAGCCAACCUCAUGGACUUCGUUAAGAGGGCGUUUAAAUUCCCACCACCGAUUCUUCCAGAUUCGCGGGCUCCACCUUCACCCACAGCUUUAUCGCCAGUCCUCUCACGACCUUCUGUGAGUACGCUGACUGAGCAGAAGCUGAUGAAAGAGCCACAACCGUUCACGAUGCUGAUGGAUGUGGGACCCGAAGACGUCUGUAUGAUUGUAUCUUUUCGAAGUGAGAAGACCAACGACAAACAACAUCCGGAUUCGAGAGAUGCUCUUGUGGAUCCGAAUGCCAAGAACCCACAGAAUCAAGAGGGCGGAAUGUCAACUGCGCACUUGCUGAUAUGUUAUGUUCCUUGGGUUAUUACAUCAAGUAUCCCGAUGUCUCCAGCGCAAGAACUUCGGCAUCAGCAUUUCAACGAAGACCUUGCCGCCUUCUAUGCCAAGUUCCGCUCAUAUCGGAUUCUGGCACGACCAAUCCAGCAAGACGAGUUACCUGUGCCUCAGCGAAGUUCACCUCCCAAAUCUCGAUCUCAACGGCGCGUGCCACUGCAGCUCAUUGGGUUUUGUGAAAGCCCACUGCAAGGCGUGGAAUUUGUUCCUGAGACAUUACGAGAGGUGGGUCUUACCAAGAUGAAAGAGGCGGACGGCGUCUGGCAUCAGUAUCCUGAGGAAUGGAAGAACACGGUGGUGACGCCAGGAGGCAGGCAGGCGAUGCAUAUGAUUUGGGCGGGAUGCGUUGCGUUGUCAGGAUUGGGAAGGAUCUGA